UUGAUUAUUACUUUACCUACGUGGUGGAUGGCCACCAUUACACGUGUCUACCCAACGAUUCCGUAUCCGGUUAGCGUACGGUCAGCAACGCGACUUCUAUCUGAGAGGCAAGAUCUCCAUCCUCCCAUCUCCACCAACUUUACCUUUACCCACAACCCGCCGCAGCGCUACUCUAUCAUCAAAAAGCCUGGCUCGUUGGCUUCGCAAUAACAAGAGUAUCGCUGUAGCGAGUCAAUUCUUCACAAUUCCAGUUGCUGGGCAGGUCAGCCAGCUAAAGGCGGCACCAAAUUUUGGGUACUCUCCGUUACGAUUUGAAUCCCCAUGUCUGACUUGCAGGAGUUAUUUGCUCGGUUGAACGGCCAGGGCGCAGCCUCACCUGCUGGUGUCACUGGCAAUCAACCUGGCUACCGUCAACCCAGCGUCUCUUCACCAAUCUUUUCCCCUUCCCCCGGCGGUCCUCAACCACAUCACGGUUCGGCCAUCAUGUCGCCCAACUCGUCCAUGGCAAACACCCCCGUCCCCGAGGCUGGUGCUCAACAGCAACAGACGCCGCAACAGCAGUCUGCUCAGUUGCUCAACUUGCUGCGCUUCAAUGCCCAACCUUCCCAGCAGAGCAUCCCGCCGCAUCGUCGUUCUUCGUACAAUACACAGGUCUCCGACAGCGCUGGUAGCCAUGGCCGUCAGCCAUCCGCCUCUGACUUGGUAGCUAGCUUUAUGAGUAAAGCCGCCUCUCCGCCACCGCAGCACAGUGUAGCUCCUGUUCCAGCUGUCGCGCGAUCAGACGGCCCCUCUGGCUCAUCCGACAACCCCCAAGAUAUCUUGCUUCGACUUCUCAAUCAUCCCAAGCCAGCGCAGCCGGACUCGGCUCGGCCUGCAUUCCCGUUCUCACCACCACACGCCCAUGCGCCAGAAACGGCCGUGGACGACUUGGCCCAGGACUUUGCAGAUGCGGAGGUUGAGAAUCUACACCCGGACCCGAAUGCUAGAGACGAAGCAGGAUCGACUAUGCCGUCCAUUGGUUCCGACAUUGCAGCUGGUCCCAAGCCCACCUUCACUUACGUGAACCCAUUUGACAAGCUUGAGGCUGCCAGCCCCCGCACCACGCCACGAAACCGUACGCCUGUGCCCUCAAGCUCCAGAAGUGGUCCACAAAGGAUCGAGAUCCUCAAGCCUAGACACGCAGCUGAGGUACCAUUCACUAGCGGCCAAGGUCAGAACAACCACGCGGAGAAGCACCAAGGAAUGUCGCCUGCGCAGACUGCUUUGCCGCACGAAACUGUGGCUGAAGCAGUCAGCGAUCUCGCCGAGCAGAUCGGCGAACAGGUUGACGAGGCUCUUGCCGAGGCAGAGUUGCAAUCUGAGGUCCAACUGGCCAAGGAGCUCGAGAACGUCACAGCUGAAGAUGUGAAAGAGAUUGAGGAGGCAAUCAUUGAGACUGCUGUUGAAAUGGAGAAGGAACUCCAGGACAAUGAUGCCGCACAGGCUCUUGAGGAGACGGUUGGCGAACCAGUCGCCGAGGCUUUGAAAGAAGUUGUUUCCCAGAUCUCUCAGGCUGAAGCUGGCGAUAUUGCUGACAGCUGGGAGAGUGCUGAAGCAGAGGAUAACACAUCGAAAGAAGGCGACGAGACGGUAAUAGUCUACCGCUUCCCGAUGACAGCAUUCUCUUCUCUCACCAUCCAGAACAUGCCUGAAAAGCGUGCUACUUUCCGCCCUGGUGCCCUUAUGGAUAUCGCUCGCCUCAAGAAGGAGUUCGAUCAAAUCGAUAGGUCUUUGGUCUCCGCAAGUAAGAACUUCAUUGUGUAUGCUUUGGUCAAGAAGGGCGGUUUCAAGAUCAUUCGUCAAGAGAACGGCCAGUAUCGUCAGGUUUUCGAGAACCACCAGGAGCGGAUUUUCAAUAUUGCUAUGUGCACUAAUAGCGAAGAUCUUGAGCGAGAGCUAGAGAGCAUACUUGGUAUCGGAGUUAAUGGCUCUGUUUUCUGGACAUCGCUAGAGGCGGGUCGUGAUGAUCAUUUCAGCGACAAUCUCGAUACUCAAGGAAUUGUGCUUCCGCCCUCGCCCUCGCAAGACGACAACACGUCUGGCGGUCAGUUGAAAACGCGGGCCAAGCCAUCUUCGCGCCAUCCUGAAUUCUUCGCCGUGGGUCGUGGCAAGUCCAUCCACAUCGUUUGGCCCAAGGUCGCUGCUCAAUACGUUCGUGGAGGCAAGGGCAUUUGCCAUACUGAGAAGUAUCUCAAGGAACGGUCACUGAAGAUCCUGACUGGUAAGGCCGGUAAGGACUUCACGUUCAGUGAGGAUGACACAGUUAUCGUCUCUCUCGACAAGGCCGGUCGCAUGCGCUUUUGGGAUAUUCGUCGCUUGACUGACCCCAGCCUUGGUAUUCCCGCCAACCCACCCCACCCUGUUGAAGUGUCUGAGACCUUGUUGGAGUUCCAUACGACCUCACCAAGUGCCAAAUCAUGGCCCACCUCGGUUUUCUUCUUCGACAAGGACAAACCAUUUUCUAAGGGCAUUGCCCUCCGUUAUGUCAUGGUUGGAAUGAAGCAGAAUCACUCUUUCCAGCUUUGGGAUUUGGGCCUUGGCAAAGCAGUGCAAGAGAUCAAUCUUCCGCAUGAGAAGGAGUCUGAUGCCAUUUGCAGUGUAUCUUUCCACCCUAAGACGGGGAUCAUGGCGGUGGCUCAUCCUACACGUAACUCUAUCUUCUUCAUCCAUGUUUCUUGUCCACGAUACAAUCUCCCAGUCAUGAACCAGGCGGUUUAUAUCAGUCGCCUCGCCGGCAAGGGUGAGAGGGGUGCAACGCCAUUUCCACCCGUUAAUGCUACUGCCAUCAUGACCAGCAUCGCAGAGUAUUCCUUCGCACCCAAGGGCGAAAUUCGUAGCCUUCAUAUGCUCAAUGAGCCGGCAGGCCCCCCUGACAGCGACGAUCCAGAUGAUAUUGCCCUUUUCGAACUAUACGUUAUGCACUCUAAGGGUGUAUGCACUAUUCGCGUUCGACGAAGUGACCUAGGAUGGAAGAAGGAAGGAGAGCCAUUGCAUCCCAGAGAUGCGAAGUCUGAGGGCAUCAUCACAAUGAGUCAACUAAAGCCGCCACAGUCAGCUGCGGACGAGUCUUCCACUGGCGGUGACACGCCAGCUCCAAAGUCGACUUCAGAUCGCUCUGUACGGGAGAGCAUCAAGAAGGAGAGCAGCAACGUCUCCCGCCAAUCAAUGACACCAGAAGCUGCCAUGCGUGCUUCGACUCUUGCUAAGGUUGAAAGCAAACAAGACGCCGCUCGAGCUGCUAUCAUGAACGGCGGAGAGAAGUCUGAAAAGGAAAAGAAAAAGAAGAAGCGAUCUGCUGCAGACACUGCUUCUCAGAUUUCCACCGCUCAACGAGCGCCUCCGCCCUCAUACGCACAAGCUGCACAAGCUCCGCCUCUUUCCAAGUCACCUACUCCCCCAGAGCCGGCAGUAUCCGAGAACGCACUCUCUCGGGCUUCCGAAACUGAACCGCCAGAGUGGGCAAAGAAGCUUUUAGUUCCCAGUGCGCAUCAAUCUUUCGCGGCCACAAGCUCUUCGUCAGCAUCUACUGUUGACUCUAAGAGGAUUGAAGAAAUCGUCCAGACUGAGGUCACCAAAGUCUUUACUCGCGAGCUCGAAGUUUUGUACAAGCGCAUCGACGAAGACAAGCGUGUCAUGAAUGCCUCUAAUGGUGCUAGACAAGAAGCAGUCCUCCGCCUUGUGUCAAGCACUUUGACCGACAAUGUUGAGGAGGUCUUGAAGAAGAAGGUGGAGCAGCAGCUUCGCGAUAUAGUACUCCCGAAAAUUCUUACACAGAUGUCCUCAGCCAUUGAUAAGAGUGUCAGCGCUAGUUUGAAAGGCGCUCUGGGUAAUCAUCUUGCCAAGGAAGUCCCUGAGGCGGUGUCUCGUGCUCUGAAGAGCCCUCAGAUUGCUCAAUCAAUUUCUGAAGCGAUGACCGUCAAAAUCGCCAACCAGCUCGAGCCGACUAUUACUGGCGUCACUGGUUCUAUAGUUAAUCCGGCUUUGACCAGCUUUACAACACUGGUAGAGACUCAGAUCGGCAACCAACUACGCCAAGCGCAAGCCCAACGCCAGGAAGAUGCUGCUAAGAUUGCUCAAUUGACCGACACCGUUCAAGCAUUGACGGAUACUAUCCAGUCGAUGGCGGGGGCUCAGUCCCAGCUUCAGGCGCAGCUCGCUAAGCUCCAGCAGUAUCUCGCGGAAUCAUCCCAGACUGCCGCACCUCCUCGUUCCUCGCCUCAAGUGGCACCACCUCCUGCAAAACCCCAAAAGAAAACUCCCGAGCAGUUGGAAACCGAAGAAAUUACACGUCUGUUGACCGAGGGUGACUUCGAACAUGGCACUAUGAAAUGGUUACAGUCAAGCCGCACCACAGAGCUGUUCAACACUGUUUUUGUACAGUGCAAUCCAGCCUAUUUGAGCCAAGUUACUCCUCUGCUCAAUUUAUCGACUGGUGCUGUCGUGACCGAUUCCUUGGACCAAUUCUUACCAGAGCGCCUUGUUUGGCUUGAUGCCGUGCUCAAGAACGUUAAUCCCCAUGAUCCCGAAACAAGCGAUAUCGUACCCCGGAUUAUGGAGGUCAUGACCCAACGUUUGACGGCUACCUACAUCAGACUCAACGAGAACUCUCCCGGAAAUCCUCUUCUUCGUCGCAUUUCUGCUUUGGUCACCAAGGUCAAUGGCAUUGCCCGGAGUGUGGCUCAUUGAGAAGCUAAACUACCGAGCACCCUUCCUUUCUUGUCAGGCCUAUGAAGGCAAUCCUUUGCUUAGGAGUUUGCGUACACGGCUUGCGAGCUGAAAAUGCCGCCUUCCUUUGUACUUGCUUUCACUUGUGGAAGCACAUCUUUCCUUUGUUUUUCUCUCCAUUAUGCACGGCCUCUUCCAAUCUCUCACCCGGUGCUGUUAACGGCUUGCAAUUAGCUUCGGCAGCGUUUCCGGGCGGCGGAUCGGUUUUCAUUAGAUACCCUUUCGUCGGUCAUGGGAACAAUGGGAAAAUGGUAAGGCGUGGUGCAUCAUCUCUCUUCUUUUUGCGAUUUCAACGGUUCGACCGCUCAUUUGGAGCGUUUACAAAAUCGACCUGCGGCCCCAACAUUGGUCAUUUUCCUUGAGUAGAGGCUUUCGGUAUAUCUGAUUCCUGGACGCUGAAAUGCUCUGGGAUAAUCAAUGUGCCAUUUUUGAGCGAAGCAAUA